AUGCCUGGCUCCUCCUUCAGCUUUCCUCUGCCCGGGAGGAUCUCUCACACCUCCUCUUCUUCUCUCCCCCUUCGCCCUCCUCCUCCUCCUCGCUCUGCACCUCCUUUUCCUCGCUUGGUUCCUGUUUCUCGGCUCCUCUCUUGUCCACCUCCUUCUGCUUCCUUUACUCCUCAGGCUCCUAGGCGUCUUCAGCUUCCUGAGUCUUGGUUCACUCCUCCGUGCAUCUGGAGUGCUCCUUGGCUCACUCUUCUUUCUGCUCCCACGCCCUCCUCUUCCCCUCCUCCUCCUGCUUCCUCUGCUCCUCCUAAGCUCUCCUCUGCCUCUCUUCCUCCUCCUUCUGCUCUCUCCGCUCCUCCUAAGCUCUCCUCUGCCCCUCCUCCUCCCGGACGUCUCCAGCUCACCCCUCUUACUGAGUCUUGGUUUUCUCCUCUGUGCGUUCGGAAAGUUCCCCGGCGCAAACCUCCUUCUAAGCCUGCUCCUCCUGCUAAGACUCCUCAGCUCUCUAAAGCUAACCCUGUCCCUAUUGCCCCGCAGUCGCAGCCCACCCCGGUCAUCCCUGGACCUACUUUGGACCGGGCGGUGUCUCAGAAGGCCCAUCCGCACAAGCGCAAAAGGUCACGUUUGCUCUUUGGGAUUAAAAAGAGGAACAAGGACCCAACUGAUAAGACAAAUGAAAGAAGUUAA